AGUAGUCUCUUCGUACAGUAUAUACCAGUGCCACAUAUUACGUCGUUCCCGAAUUCCGUCACUGCAUCCGGCACGAUGGAGCGGAUCGACGCCCUGAAGGCCCGCAGGGGCAAGCUCGCCGACGAUCCCUGCCUGAGGCGGCUCCGUAACCGGCGGCUCAUCGUCUCCCUCUAUCUCCAGGGAUUCCAGCCCGCCCACGACUGGAUGCUCCGCGAGACGGAUUUGUUCAUGAGCGGCCGGCAUCUGCAGCAGCUGGUGGCCUGCGGCCAGUGGAGGCAAGCCCUCGACUACAUCCGGCGCUUCCUGCCGCCGGCCAUAGGGGGCGUCGAGGCCCGCACCCUCUCUCUCUUCCUCCACGCCUUCUGGGCCGUGGACAACGCCGCCGCCUGCUCGAUGGGCGCCCCCGUCACCACCGCCGUGUACAACCACGACGUCCGCAUCCUGACCACCAUGUGCGCUAGCAACGUCAAGCUCUCUUCCAUCCUCAACAAGAUACACCACUCGCCCAAAUUCAGGGCAUCCCUGGACUGGAAACUGGUAAGGGAGAAGGCAUCGCUGAUUGCUGAUGACUUGGCGCUUGAUUCUCCAGAGUUGAGACGCAGGUUGCUACUGCCCCGCGACUUGCUUCCCAUCGGUCCCUGUCAUCGAAGGCACCACUUGAAGAAACAAGCCCUGCGGCCAGCAUCAUCUGCUAUUGCCAAGUGGUAUCUCAACAGGAAGAAGAGCCUGCCUUCUUUAACCCCAGUUAUCGGUUUGAACUCUGAGGGACAAAACCGGGUGGUGGAUCUUAUUGAGGAGUGUUUAAAAGCUGGUACAGUUAUGGAGCUCGAUCAAGGGCACCUACUUCAGUCAAGUGCGAUGGCAGGUGCUUUUAUUACUCCAUUCUCACAGACCAUGUUUGGUACGACAGGUCCUACUAAAAUCAGUGAAACUUCAUUCGUGACAAAUGCAGGUGCUCCAACUUUCACAGGUGAUUCAGUCUCACGGCCUGCUAAAAUCCCUUGGAUCAUAUCUUCCACAAAUGCAGGUAAAUGAACUGAACACUCUCAACCGUUUUCAUACCAUAUAGAAAGUCCAUCUGCGCAUAUUGAUACCUGAAAUUCUUAGUUGUCGCCUGGCAGAGAAACUCCAGCACCGAUAGUAAUAUUCCGCCUGCCAUGUUUUAUAACUCAGCAGGUUGAUAUAUAUAUCUGUUCUCGUCAUACCUCUUGGUUUCUAUGGCAAACUAUUUCCCAAAACCGCGGAAUUUUCCGCCUCUUGCAUUUAUCAGCUGCUUUCUUUUUUCUACUUGUUUUAUGCCCACAAUAGUUGCAGGAUUGCACUGGCAUCUUGUAACGCCCCGAGACCGAUGCUCGAGAAGACUUCCGGCUAUUCCGAGUUUCGCCGUGUGCUUUAUUUGCUUUUGUGCAUUUCAUCAUGUCAUCAUGUGCAUGGUGUGAUUUCUCAUACAUAUUAUGUUGUUGCAUGUUCCAUGCAUGAAUCUCGCAUCACCCACCUUUUCCUUCCCUCUACUUCCUUCUUUUGACAAGUGCCAUUUUCCCCUUCUCCUUUAAUGUUCACCUUCUCCCAAAUAGUCAAACUUAUUGCCCUAAACCCCACCGCCAAAUUUCACCUCUUUUGGGAAUGUUUUGGUUAGGUUUUAAAAUGGCUCAAGUUUGAAUUUAGUUCAAACUUGAAUUAUUUUUCUUCCUCUAAAAAUUGCCAAACCAAUUUAUUCAAAUUCUGCAUAUUCUCAAGACUCCAGGGAUAUUUUCUUUUCUGAAAUAUUCCACCUCUAGCACCUCUUUCUUUUCUCCUAAAUUCUGGUUGAAGAAUUAAGGAAAAGAAAAGAGAGAUGGAGAAGCCAGCCCAACUGGGCCUCCCAGCUACCGCAGCUCGGCCCAGCCACCCGCGCAGCCAGACCGGCCCAAGGCCUAGGCCCAGCAGCGCCCCCCUCUAACCCUAGUUUCCCGAUCCCCUCAUCUCUCCCUCCCUUCGUCCUCUUCCAGCGCCGCCAGUCACCCAUCGUCCGAUCCCAUCGCCUCUCCUGCUCGAUCCCAUCGCUCUCCCGCGACCCCGAGCUCCCUGCAGUCCGAGCGCCACGAGGAGGAGCCCCUUGAGCACCGGCCGCCGUCGCCAGUCUUCGCCGUGCCCCUGCUGCCUUCCUUCCCCGCGCCUCCUCCUCGCCAACUCCCUGUCGCCGAGCGUCGAGGAGAGGAGCCCCUCGAGCACCGGCCGCGCGCCGCGCGCCCAACCUCCUCUUCGCCCGCCUCCUCGUCUGUCCGUCGCCGCCGCGGCGCGGGCCCCGCCUGACGGAUCCCCGAGCAGUCUUCCGGCGCCGCGCCUCCCCGUCACCCGCGUCUCCUCGCGCUGGCCCUGGCCAGCCGGCCACCGGAGCCUCGCCGACGCCCCGUCCUCGCCUCUCCACACGCUCGCCAGGUCCCCGUGCCGAGCCGGCCCUACAGCCCCGUCCCCGGCCUCCGACGACUCGCCGCGCCCGCCAAGUUCCUGCGUGAGCCUCCUCUGCUCGCUCGCGUGGGCCGCAGCGGCUGCAAGGCCGGUCGUAGUCAGCCAGCCUCGCCUCUGCUCCGAAACCAGGAUCGUCAAGGUCAUCUUCGAGAAUUUUCGCCAAGUACCACGACAUUCGGAGCCCCUUGGAAACGUCAAGUUCGACUACAAAACGUCAAA